CCACCUCUAACCCUGUAAAACUGUGCCCGACAAUCACUCAAAAAAAAAAAAAAAGAAAGAUAGGAACUUGGGAGAUGGUGUCUCAUUCUACGUUGCCCCUUAUUCAUGGAAGCCUCAACCUCUCAACCAAACUUUUCUCUUCCUUCCAUUUUCACUCAUCUGCUGUUAUCAAGCAUGGAUUUGGGAGUCGCCAACAAACCCGUUUUGCUUUGCAAAGGACCAAGAGUUCAGCAGUUCGUCUCCUAGCCAAUCCUAAUGAGUCUCCUGGCAAAGCAAGAGCAAAGAAAGAGGUGGUCAUGGUUGAUCCUUUGGAAGCCAAGCGAUUAGCUGCAAAACAAAUGGAAGCAAUUAAAGCGAAACAGAGAUUUAAAAGAACGCGUGAAAUUGAAGCAAUAAAUGGUGCUUGGGCUAUGAUUGGUCUAACAGCAGGGCUUGUUAUUGAAGGGCAUACAGGAAAGAGCAUUAUUGAUCAGUUGGCUGGAUACUUGGCUGCAGUUGUUGGGUUUUUCAUAAGAUAGUAUAUUGAACAAUGAAGGACCAAAAUGUGUAAUUGCAACUUCAUAGGAAACAUUUUGGCAAUCAUUUUUGUACACUAUGGAGGGAGACUGCUGCAUUCAUUCUUUUCUCUUGUACAGAAAUGCAAAUAUUUGAACCAAAAUCACUAUUAAAUUUCUUCUUUACCUUACCUUGGAGAGAAGGAGACUA